UGUGCGGCCUUUUCCGCUGAUGGAAAGCUGCUAUCCACUGGUUGCGCUGAUAAAAAUGCGUACAUAUGGGACGUUCAAGCCAUCCUCAAGACAGCUAGCCUAGAAGACCUCCUGACCAUGCCUGAUGUGAGUAUUAACUUGACUCCCAUACGCUAUCCCAUCCCCAAUGAAUGUCAGGCACAAAAUUAUAAACGCGCAAAGAAGUCGUUAUCAGGUGCUAAUGCUACACGACGUCCGCCCAUCCAUCCAGUCCCCCGUCAAUUGCCAGCAGGCUUUUUCGAUGACGUGCAAGGUCGUGAUCCUUCCUCCAUUACUCGCCAUCUCCAUCCUGAUACCUCUUUACAUCGCCGCCGCCGUACUUUUGCACUCUCCUGGGGACCGCGUCCACGUGCUUUCCUCGCUCGCCUUCCCCGGCUCUUUCGCCGUUCCCAAACUAAUGUCGAUGAACCAAUAAAAUCUCAGCGACGCCCAGUGCCUAGUACGUCCUCUCGUCGCAGUCCUCCUGUUGUCGAAGUUCCUGCACUAGAUGACAAGAAGGCGCUGUAUACUGCUCGGCGACCAGAGCGAGCUAGCGACAAGGCGAAACGCAUCAAGAACCCCAAAUGGUGGGCUCGUAUUGUGUUGUUCCUCUGCUGUGCGUCUCCGUCCACCGGCGACAAUCAUUGAUUGUAUUAGAACGUGUAUAAUCGCAUUCAUCUUGAUCCCUCCUUUGUUAUCUCUCAGUCUCGUCUGCUAUCAUGAAUAACAAUCAUUG